GCGCUACGGUAACUGCUCUUUGUCUUUUCGACCUGUGCCCACGAAACUGCUCUUAUCGCGGUCUUAUCGUCUUUUCUUUAUUGUGUGCUGUUACUUGCCUCUCAUAACAGCGCAAGUCUGUGUGUUUUACUUCAACUUGUUACAUGCCAGCACCCUGCCCAGGGAGAGGAGUGCUCAGUGUUCAAGGUUCAGGAAGAUAACGAGAGGUGAGUGGCUGACGCAGAGCCCGUGUUGUGUUACCAAAGCCUCAUAUCAGAUUACCGUUGACAGCAGGUUGGGCGAAACUCUAGCUGUAUUCAGAUCAGUGUGACUCCAACAACCAGGAACUGGGACUCACCAACAAAGGAUUACUCCAACAGACUUAAAAAGCUGUAAUUGACCGCUUCAUGUUUUUGUUUUGAGGAGAAGAGCGUUACCAUGGGCAAGAAGACCGAGCGGUAUCUGCUGUUCUUGGUGUAUUUGUCAGGGCUUGUUCACCAUUCGACGGCGAUUGUAUUCUGGACGGCUUUGGUGGAUAUAAGUUUCUAUUCCAAUCAGGCCAACCACACUGUCAACCUAUAUUGUGAGUGUGGUGUGUACGGCCGCAACUCUCCCUUGGAGGCAGUGUCAGGCAUCGUUACGCUGCCGAAUGGAGACCCCAGGGGCUGCGGCCCAGACCCCGUGUACAACCGCAGCUCCAGCUCACCACACUGGAUCGCCCUGGUCAAACGGGGCAACUGUACCUUCAGUGAGAAGAUCAUCGCUGCCAAGCGGCAAGGAGCAGCUGGUGUGGUAGUAUACAAUGUAGAUGGCACAGGGAACAGCACGACUCACAUGGCACACUCUGAUGCCCCUGAUAUUGUGGCAAUCAUGAUUGGCAACAACCAGGGCAUGGAGAUUGCCAACUUUGUUAAAAGUGGACUGGAGGUUAAGAUGCUUAUUGAGGUAGGCACCCCCCAUGGACUCUGGAUGGACACCUACUGGCUCUACUUCCUGUCCAUUGCCUUCUUCAUUGUGACAGCAGCAUCUAUUGCCUACUUUGUGUUUAUCUCUGCCCAUCGACUCCACAACAUGCGAAUGCAGAGGCAAGCUGAGAGGAGGCUGAAGUCUGAGGCCAAGAAGGCAAUUAGUCAGCUAAAAGUACGCAACCUGAAGAGGGGGGAUAAGGAAACAGGGUCUGAUUCUUACACCUGUGCCGUGUGCAUCGAGUCCUACAGGGCAGGCGAGGUGGUGACAGACCUGAUGUGUGGACACAUCUUCCACAAAGCCUGCAUCGAACCCUGGCUGCUUGAGAAGAGGACCUGCCCCAUGUGUAAGUGCGACAUCCUGAAGGCUUUGGGGGUCGAGGACGAGGCUGAAGAGAGCAGUUCUUCAUCUUCACCAGCAGAGGUCACUGUGAUUACAGUCUCAGGAGAGGAACCCUUGUAUGAGGUGCCACUGACUGAACCAACAACCUCUGACCCAGAGAGACAGCAGCGUCACUAUGACAACAAGGCCUUUGAGGGAGACUCACAGGUUGCUAGAGGAUGAGCAGGAGCAGCAGGAAGAACAACAACAAACCAGAGCAGAGACAAGUUCCCUGUUUGAAAUUAAUUGACUUAUUUUUCAGGGCAACAUUGAAUCUCUUUGGCAUAAUGGAAUUAAAUUGCACAUCUUGCAAUGCAGGCACGCUAAAUUAAAAUAUCAAAAGAAUUCCAAAAAUUUAAAUUGCUAAUGCACCUUGUGUACAUAGAUGAUAGUUUCCUACUUGGACAUCAUGACAUCUGAAUUUUGUCUCUCUUGGUGCAAGUGUCCUGUUAUUGGGUGUGUUCAUAAAAUCAUAAAAAGUUUAUAAAAAUGGUUUGGAAGGACAGAAUAUGCUGUGACCACAAAAUGGAAUGGCAAUGAAAUGACGCCACUGUCAUAAAUCUUAUUUGCAUAUCAGGACAUCACGCUGUCAGAUGGGUCUGAGUACACACCAAGCAGUGUGUUAUAGAGGAACAGCAACUGAGCAUUUGAAUGCUUAGAUUUGUAGUCAAAUGUUGCCUAAGCUUGUUAGCAAGGUAGCCUCCGUUUCUCACAGUGAAAACCACUCUGUCUCACAGUUUGCCACAAUCUUUUUAGAAUUUCUGAGCAGAAUUUAUAGCUAUAAAUACAUGAAUCAAAACAAGUAGGACAGCUUUUUUUUGUCAGUUUGUUCCUAUGGAAUAGCAGGUUUUUCCAAGUGUCAGAUUGGACUCACCAAUACACCCUUAAGAACACACCCUUUACUGGAAAUGCCACAUAGCACACAUUGCACCUGGGGCGCUGAAUUACAUCAUUUAAAGGGCUGCGAUUCUUUAUGAACAUU